AUGGCCUCGCAUGCCGCCCCAACCGCUAAGGAGAGGAAGUACGACCGCCAGCUGCGACUCUGGGCUGCCAGCGGCCAGCAAGCCCUAGAGUCUUCUCGAGUACUUCUCAUAAACUCCGAUGGCCCAGUGGAUAGUGAUGGCUCGGAAUUGACUGGUGUCGUGGGCGUUGAGACUCUGAAGAAUCUCGUGCUGCCUGGGAUAGGUGGCUUCACGAUUGUUGAUCCUGCAACCGUCUCUGAGGUUGAUCUAGGCGUGAACUUCUUUCUAUCUGAGGACAGCCUCGGUAAAUCCAGGGCUGAAGAGACAUGUAAAUAUCUUCGGGAACUUAAUGAAGAUGUUGAUGGGCAAGCGUAUACAAUGACCAUUUUAGAUAUUCUCGAAGAUGAAGACUUUCUUCCCCAGCACCAGCUUGUCAUUGUUUCCGGGCCAAUAAGGCAGUCUGUCCUUCGAACCAUAUCACAAACUACAAGGCGGCUGGAUAUACCCCUAAUCUACACACAUUCAGUAGGGUUUUAUGCGUCCUUUUCGCUGCAGCUACCAUCCGCUUUCCCCGUAGUCGAGACACACCCUGAUGCCAGCUCCACCGAAGACCUUCGUUUAACAAAUCCAUGGCCGGAACUUGCGGCUGUAGCAAGCAAGGCAGAGAACCUGGAUAGUAUGGACGACCACCAGCAUGGACAUGUUCCUUAUUUGAUACUUUUGCUACACUUCCUUGAGAAGUGGAAGGUCAGCCAUAACGGCCUGUACCCUCAGAACUACCGGGAAAAGUCCGAGUUUAGGGACAUGGUUAGAUCUCAUGCUAGAACUAAUAAUCCUGAAGGAGGCGAAGAAAACUUCGACGAGGCUGUGGCGGCUGUCCUAAAGAGUAUUGGUCCCUAUUCCUUAAGUAGUGACUUGCGCAAUGCCUUUGAUAUGGACGAGUGCUCGCAGUUAACAACUAGAUCACCCAAUUUCUGGGUGAUAGCAGCUGCAGUCAAAGAAUUUUAUGAAACACAUUCAGUUCUGCCUUUGUCCGGGUCACUACCGGACAUGAAGGCGCAGUCGUCAGAUUAUAUCUGGUUACAAAACAUAUAUAAGUCAAAAGCACGAAGUGAUGCAGCUGAAGUGCUUGCCACUGUUCGGAAUCUUGAAUGCAAGCUACGUGCCGGCCAGGAGAGGGUGCCGAUAUCAGAAAAGGAGAUUGACACUUUCUGCAAGAACGCAGCUCAUAUCAAAGUGAUUAGGGGCAACGAGAUUCCAAUAUUAUCGCCUGUGCCCUCAGAAGGAAUUUCACAGCGGACAGUGAAGGUUAUUAAGGGUAGCCUGCAAAACCCUGAUUCUCUCAUUCCCAUUUUCAUUGCACUGAGUACUCUUGACGGCCUAGUGACGGAAUUCAGAGAGACAGGCUGUGUAGGAAUGACGGAGGAACGAUCGUACAUUGAUAAAACCGACAACUGGACCGCAAUGCUCUCGAAAGUUCUAGCUAGUCUAAACCAGGAGGAAAAUGGCAUGGAUGAAAGUGAAAGCGAGAUUAGGUCCCGGAUCGAGUCGGCCAUAUCGGAAGUACGGCGAGCGGGGAUUGGAGAACUGCAUAAUAUCUCAGCCAUGGCAGUUCUAAAAACAAAGAAAUUGAGGGUUUUUAAUAUCGCAGAGCAGAAGAUAUAA